CAUGCGCAUCAUGCACCCGAGCGCAUCCCCUAAAUUACAAACCUAAUUGCAUCAUUAGGGUGCGUUUGAAAGUCAGAACCUCGCUGCAUUUCCGCCGUCUUAUUCACCGUUUUUCGUUGUACGGAAAUGGAGACUGCUCUAUUCUCCCCUUCUUCCCUCUUCGGCAACACUUCUGACAAUUCUUCUGAUGAAGAACCCAGUACUCCACAAAAUUUUGUUGAAAGAACCCAUCAAUUUCCAGGAAUGGAGUUGAUCGUUCGGGAAUUCUCCUUCCACCAGCUGAAUGCAAAUUUGCUCUGGCCAGGUACAUUUGCUUUUUCUGAAUGGUUGGUCCAAAAGCGGUCUAUGAUAGAAGGGAGGCAUGUCAUUGAAUUGGGGAGUGGAACUGGCGCUUUGGCUAUCUUUCUGAAAAAACUGUUACAAAUUGAUGUUACAACAUCUGAUUAUGAUGAUCAAGAAAUCGAGGAUAAUAUAGCUUAUAAUUGCAAAAUCAACAAAGUUGUCCCUGCUCUUCCUCAUGUCAAGCAUACAUGGGGUGACUCCUUUUCAAAUGCCAAUUCAAAUUGGGAUCUGAUAAUUGCAAGUGAUAUCUUAUUAUAUGUGAAACAAUAUCCAAACUUGAUCAAGACCUUAUCUUUCCUUCUAAAGGUUUACCAACCGAAAGGGAACAUGAAUAUGUUACCUCAAAAUAAGCAGGAUGGAUUACCUUAUCCUGCAUUUUUGAUGAGUUGGAGACGACGAAUAGGAAAAGACGAUGAAACUCUCUUCUUCAAGGGUUGUGAGGAUGCUGGUAUGGAGGUGCAACAUCUUGGAUCUCGUGUUUACUGCAUAACCUCUAAGGAAUGAAAACCUAAUUUGAUAGAGUGAGGUUAAAUGUUUAAAUUCGACUUUCCUAGCACUCAAGAAAACAAAACCAUGAGAGUUCUCUCUUAUAUCGUAUUUUCUACUCUAUAUUUUUCAUCUCAUAUAUAAGUUUCAUGAUUUUGGGUUGUUA